UUCGCACUAAAAGUGACCGGAAGGGAACUGUUGUGGCUUCUGUAGCUUUAAACGGCUACAAGCUAGGUAGCAUGUCUGUUUGUUGAUGAGGCUGUGCUUACGUCUUGUUCACGCUGGUUAACUCGGAUUUUAGGGUCUGUUGAGCGUCAGUGAGAUCAGCUUGAGCACAGGCAGUGGAUGUGUGCAACGCUGGACCAGUUUUGUCGUACCAAACAUGACUGUCACGUUUGAAUGAACUGUGGACUCUGAAGGAUCUCGCGAAUACCUUCAGCAUGGCUCGAGACUGGAAACCUGGUGAUCUGAUCUUCGCCAAGAUGAAGGGCUAUCCUCACUGGCCUGCAAGAAUCGAUGAAGUGCCGGACGGUGCUGUGAAGCCGUCCAACAUCAAGUUUCCCAUCUUCUUCUUUGGCACCCAUGAAACAGCAUUUCUUGGCCCAAAAGAUAUCUUUCCAUACCUGCCUAACAAAGAGAAGUAUGCCAAGCCUAACAAGAGGAAAGGCUUCAACGAAGGGUUGUGGGAGAUUGAGAACAACCCAAAAGUUGAGCUCACUGCACCCAAGCCGGUUCCUCCAGAGUCUUUCACUGAAAAGGAUUCAGACAGCAGUCCAGAAGGAGAGGAGGAUGUAGAGGACAAGGGGAUAAAAUCCAAAGUUCCAGGAAGUGAGGCUGAGCAGGAGAAUGAGAAUGAGGAGGAGGAGGAGGAGGAGGAGGAGGAGGAGGAGGAGGAGGAGGAGGAGGAAGGGUCUCUGAUCUCUGAGCAGGGUCCUCAGAACCAGGAUGGCGCUGCUCAGAAAGAAUCCACAGAUGUUCUUAAACCCAAGAGAGGAAGAAAAAAAAAGAGUGACACUGACCAGGAGACUGAAAAAGACAAUGCUCCUGCUAGUCCUGUGAGCCCUUCGGGUGGAGAGGGUCCCAAACGAAGAGGCAGGAAGCCCAAAAGCGAGAAGUUGCUUCUGCUCCAGCAGCAGGACCAGCAAGGCUCAGGAAGUGAAAUGGACACUGCCGAGUCAGACAGAAAGAGAAAGAGGGCACCAGAGGACAAGUCCAAGGGUGGAGAGGAGGAGAAGAGAAAGAAGAAGGAGGACAUCAAAGGAAAGGAUGUAGAAUUAAAGGAGCCUGAGGCCAAGAAGAAGAAGCAGUCCAAGGAUGACAGCUCCUCUGGCUCUGACGAUGAAGAGAAAAAUAAAGGCAGAAAGAAACAGCAAAGCUCAGAAAUCGACAAAGAUGUGCGGCGCCGGAAAGCAGACGAAUUAAGAGAGCUGAACAAAGAUGAUGGGAAGAAAAAUGAAGAGAGGGCAGGAGUUAAGAAAAAAGAAAUGUCAACUGACUUGAAACUCCAGAGACUGCACAGCGAGAUCAAGGUUUCACUGAAAAUUGACAACCCUGAUGUGAAGAAGUGCUUGGAGGCAUUAGAUGAGAUAGGCGCCCUUCAGGUCACAACCCAGCACCUGCAGAAACACAGUGAACUCAUUGCCACACUCAAAAAGAUUCGCAGAUUCAAGGCCAGUCAGGACAUCAUGGAUAAGGCCACCAUGUUGUAUAACAAGUUUAAGAGUAUGUUUCUGGUUGGAGAAGGCGACUGUGUGCUCAGCCAAGUGCUCAACAAGUCUUUAGCCGAACAACGGCAGCAUGAAGAAGCCAAGAAAGGAGCGCUGAAGAGAGUUGACCAAGCCAAGGAAAACAACUCAGACAAGAUAACGAAUGGUGAUAUCAGCCCUGAAGACAAGAAGCAGGAGACAGAGAGAGAGAAGCUGCUGGAAGACGUCUCAGCAGGAGAAAAUCAAAGUGCCCCAAAAGCUCAGGAAGAGUCCACAUGAGUGUCCUGCGUUGCCUCGUGAAAAGAGAGGACAUUUGCUGCUGUACUCCUUUGUCCAAACUGGGCUCACCAACUGGGAUCUCAUGUCCAGUUCCUUUUGAUGACUGAAAAUGAUCACUGGUUUCCAGUUUACUGACAGUUUUUGUCACGUUUGCUGCUCAAAGGCUUCAGUACAUCAAACCCCUCCAGCCCCGAGAUAAUGACUUGCUGCAAAGUUUAUUUUUGUAAUUUGUGUAAUCUCUACCUUUUAGACACCUCUUCUCACAUGCCUUGUCACAUCUGUUGAAUUAGAUUAACAGUGUAAAGGGUAAGAACUCGUAGAUCUGCAGCACCGCGAACUUAGAUCUUAAUGAGCAUGCUCACAGUUAGCGGGUUAGCACCAUUUGGUCCUAUUUUUCGAUUGGAGUAGAUGGUUUUGGUUGUACUCUAUAAUUUCUCAUGCUUUUUCAAACUUUGCUUUUGACAUUUACAGAAUCAACAGUUUGAUGUUCACUUGACUUACAGAUGAUGCGAAGUACAGAGGCUUGGCUGUAGUUAGAAACACCAUUACCAUGUCUGCUAAUAUUGGCUGCAUUAGCAAUUCAUAGAUGCAUAGUCAUUUAAGAUGCGCACACACACACAAUUUACACAGUUUGCCAAAAUUUCUUUAGCCAAGAAGAUGCUUUUUUCCCAACCAUGUUCAAGUGUCUAUUUUAAAGUUGUUUUUCUUGUUAACAUAGAUGUAAAUAAGAGUAUUUUUUUGGCUGUCAGACGACCUGUUUUCCCUUCCAAUAAUAAACUAGUACAUAUACAGUA